AUGAAAAGCCUCUACACACUGGUGCUCCUGACUGUUCUAUAUCGUGACAGUUGGACGCAGGCCAUGCCAAUCACCACCCCUGACCCACGUGCAGGAAGUGGGAAUAACCUCUGGAUGGAAAAUGUCGUUGCUGGAUUAAUGGAUAUGAUUUCUGGAAGAAACGCAACCAGGUCUCAAUCAGACCUGACUGCAUCACCCGAACCGAAAACAGCAUUGGAACUGCCAGGAAUUGAGGCUGCCACUGUUAGAAAUACCACAUAUGUGACGUCAUCGAUGAAGAAGAAUUAUUCAACCAGUCCAAUCAGGAAGUCAACAGCGAAUACGAGAGCAACUACAGCAACACCAGAAGGGAAGGUGAAAGAUGUAGUUGUUACCAAUGCCACCACUCCAGCACUGAACAGUCUGAAUUUAAAUCGGAUUUUAAAGAACAUAUUCGGAGAGCUCGCUAAUCAGCAGACUACUACAAACCCUGUUGCGUCCACUACUGAUGAUAGGCGACCGGCUCAAGAGGUCUCUGUAGACUGGAGAAGCAAAACUUUGGACAUGUUGAACAGUCUUGCGCGUGGCGCUUUGCCCGAACGGUCAAAUCAGUCGUCUUCAAAGCGUCGUGAACCAAGUCCUAAUAAGGCAGAGCCUUUGGUCGACGGUAGUUCAUCACUUAAUGCUGGGGUUUCCAGAAUAAUAACCCAAGGGAAUACCGACCUUCUUCCAAUGAACAAUGCAAAAGAACUCCCGGUGUAUAAAACAGGUCAACUGACGACUCCAAAUGAAAACACAGCAGUUUUAAAUCAAGUCGAACUUUUCACCACGAGUACUACAGCAUUGGUUUCUCCUUCUAGCACCAAUUUCGCGCAAAGCAUAUACACGACUGAUAAAAUGAGCACGAAGGCCACUCUCUCUCCAUUCUUGCUUAACUUAAUUGCCAAUGGACUGCUGAAAAAGUCCAACUUGGCCAAACCUAGUCAAGAAAGCCCGUUUCCUUAUUCAUCAGUUACAGAAAACCCUAGAAACCAGGCAAUAGAUGCACUUGACCAAACGUCACAGCCAGAAACCCUGACCGACGCAACCAAUGAAGCAACGACGCUAGAGUUUCGAGGUAUUAAUUAUCCCGAGUUACCCACUUCAUCAGCCAUGUCGGGGAUAACCCGCGAGGCAGUUGUGUCCGUGGUGACAUCAGCAACAAUGUCCCCCAAAACCUCUUUCACUACACAGGUAUCCGCUACACGCAAGUCGUCUCCUGUCAAAUUGGCCCUCUUACCAACUGCAUCAACAACAAUUAAGUCAUUACCAGAACCAUCGACACCCGCCAGAACGUCAUCCACAACGACGAAAGCGUUAAUGUCAGCUUCGACAUCACCACCAACAAUGAUAUCAUCUACAACAAAGGCGUUUAGAACUACUUUUUCCUCUACAACAACAACAUCCUCUACAACAGUGCCUUCCCCAAAAGCACGGAAAACAACAGCUACAAAGGCUAUUCGAACAACAACAACAGGAUCGCCGAAAACACGGACAAAACCAUCAACGACGUGGGCGAUAAAAUCAGACAUGGGUACCACAAAGAAAAAGACAGUUAAACCUUUAUACAUCAAUGAUCAACAGAGCGAACCUCCCAGGGUCACGCCUCCAUCGGUGUUCACGACGUCAGGCCAAACGACGGCUGUGGAAGAAGCCAAAUUCACUCGCCCCACGUUUUUGACGCCCGCUCGGUUACCAAAACUACGACGCCCUGUUCCAAUCAACCAUCAUACACAGUUUCGUCAGAAGGUAAUUCGGACAGAAGCUACUAGCCAGCAGAUGCCGGUAACGCAAAGUUCGAUCUCCAAUGGCACCGCGAGGUAA